UACUGUAGCGGUGAAAAAAUCCCCGAAAUCAAUAGCUUUGUAAGUGUUCGACAUUCGUUGCUGACCACACUAGUUUUAAUGAACUCAUCUAGCGGAAGGAGCUCAGUCAUGCAUCCGCACCAGAUCACGAGUUGAAACUGAGUUCUCAACGUCUCUUACCAUCACUAGCCAGUUUGGAUCAAUCACUUCUCGAUAUAUUGAGAAUCUAUCAAAUAUAUCUUCCAACCUCCUUGCUUCUGGCAAUUGAUUUCACUGGAUGGGCGCGAUUCAAUUAUAGGUGUUACUGGUAAAGUGCUGUUGAACUACAAUACCAGUGGUAUCUUCAAUACCAUUAGGGCUCCCACAACUCAGGGUUUUAAAAAAACCUAGAUAAGGGACUUUAAAUAUAAAUUCAAUGUAGAGUAAAAAUAAUGCAUCGGUUAUGCGAUUUAAUGAUGAAGGCUUUCGAAUUCCAACCAUUAAUUAGAAAGUUCAGUUUCUUAUUCACUCCUUUCAAUUUAUUUAUUUAUGUAGUAUCAUUAUUCCUCUCCUAUAAGCAAGAUUUGUUUAAUGCAUUUGCUUUUAUUGCACUAAAAUAAAGGUCGAGAGAAAGCCCCGUUAAAUGUAAUUGUUUCGUUACGGAGGUACUCGUGCAGCUAGAUCUAAUAGGCUCAUAGCCCCCUAAAUUAAUAUCGUCUUGUCAGUGCAGCAGAACAUACAAAGCCAGUGCGAGUUAGGGUCAGAGCAUCUUUUGUAUGCAGCUGGACUGAGACUGGUACACAUCUUGUGGAACCACUUUUUGCAUUCAUCACACUGCAUCCCUUCAUCUACGGGGAAUAAACAGUUCGGCUGUCCACAUCUGAAUGCACUGCCAACCGUUAAAACACAAUAAUAACACAAGUGUCAGAGUCUAUGCAAAAGAAGGUACCACGAGUCAAAGUUUUCAACAUUUCAAACCUUAACUCAAAUAAUUCAGGCUAAAGUAGACCAAAAAUGCUUUUUGAUGAAACAAAUACACAAAAGCAACGAGAAUCACAACAAGUACGAAAUGCAGAUUUUAACGCCUUCAUACAAAUCCCUGCGAAACUAUUGAGUCUUCAUAAUUUACAAGAUGCCAAAGCAGAUUGUAUUUCUACAUCCAGACCUUGGUAUAGGUGGUGCUGAAAGACUUAUAGUGGAUUCGGCAGUAGCGUUGGAGUCAUGUGGUUAUGAUGUCAGCAUUAUUACAAAUCAUCACGACUCUAAACAUUGUUUUGAAGAAACAUUACAGUCAAAUCUGAAUGUUACAGUUGUAGCUGAUUGGUUCCCUCGGUCCGUCUUUGGUUACAUGACAGCUCUAUGUGCGUAUAUUCGCCUCAUCCUUGCAACACUAUAUUUAAUAUUUUAUGAGAAGAAACCGGAUGUAACAUUUGUUGAUCAAAUAUCAGCCCCUAUAAUUCUACUACGGGCUGUGGGAUACAAUACAAUAUUUUACUGUCAUUUUCCGGAUUUACUAUUGACGAAAAAUAGAAAUUCCUUAUUGAAGAAGUUGUACCGACUACCCAUUGAUUAUAUUGAGCAGUUGUCAACUGGAAUGGCCGAUAUUGUUCUUGUUAACAGUAAAUUCACAUCUAAUGUCUUUAGAGAAACAUUUACUUCACUUAAUCACGUACAACUGCGUAUUUUAUAUCCAAUUGCAAAUAAAAAAAGUUUGUGUUUACCAACAUCAACACAAUUUCAAAAUAACCAUCAAUCGAAAUAUGAAUAUCGUAAAUAUUUACCAUCAGGAAUUAUACCUGAGAAAGCGAAAAUAAUAUUUGUAUCAAUUAAUCGAUAUGAAAGGAAAAAGAAUCUUUCAUUGGCUUUGUACAGUCUUGAAUACUUGAUCACACAUUGGGAUCAGCUGAUUGAUUCAACAGUUGAAAUAAAACCGCAAAAUGUUCAUUUAAUCAUAGCUGGAGGUUAUGAUCGUCGUGUUAUUGAAAAUGUAGAGUAUUAUACCGAAUUGGUUAGCUUAUCACAAACAUUAAAAGUUUCGGAAAAUGUUACUUUCAUGCGUUCGUGCUCAUCCGAAAUCAAACCUUUGUUAAUUGCCUCCAGUGAUGCGGUAAUUUACACCCCAGAUAAGGAGCAUUUUGGAAUUGUCCCUAUUGAAGCAAUGUUGUUAUCUCGAGCAGUCAUUGCAUUGGAUUCUGGUGGUCCUAAAGAAACUGUUUUGAAUGGUUCUACAGGAUUUCUAUGUACCGUGCACCCAAUAAACCAACUUCCACAAACUAUGGCCAACUACCUUAGCAAAUUUGUCAAUGAUCCAGAGCUUGCAGAUCGUUUGGGGAAGGCGGGGUGUGAACGAGUUGAUGAGAAAUUUUCAUCUAUAACUUUUAAAAGAGAAUUACAAACAAUCGUAACUGAUUUGAUAAACAAAGACCAAGGAUAAAAAUAGUUGUCUACAUGUGAAACAUUUUAAUUUUUAUUAACUUUCCAUAAAUAUUCAGUUGUCUUUCAUUACAAGGCAGUGUUCCAAUAUACGUAAUUUUGAUGAAAUGCUGUUUAUCAAAAUUUUCCCACUAGACUGUUUAUUUGUAUUGGUCAACGUAAAUUUACACUUGGAUAAUUUUCAUCUUACUCCCUAAAUGAUGGAUACAAGUAAUUCUUGACUUCAAAUCUUGUUCCUUACUAAUCAUAAUAGCAUACAUAUUUUGAUGUAUCAAAUAAUAUAAAAUAUAUAUAAAACACACACCAGAUAAGUUAAUUGUAUUUGAUGAAAGCAAAAGUAGAAAAAUAUAGACUGAAAGUUAGUUUUCCGAAGACCGAGGUUCGUGAUCAUGGCUCAAAAGAAUGGAUUCGAGAAAUGUUUACCAACUGAGAUUUGUUUGGAGUUAUUGAAGAUAAUACAGAAAUGUUUAGGAAACCAUUAUUUCAGCUGACGAUUCUUUUACGUUAGGAAGUAUAUUUUCCUAAAGUAUGUCAGAUUAAAGCGAAUCGAACUUACCAUAUCAUAAAUAACACGCACGUAAAGAGAACAGCUUGGACAUCGUGCUAUAUCAUCACCACACAGUAAAUCUUCCUACAGAACGAAUAACUCAGAACUCUAUAAAAUAAACUAACCUUGGUAAUUAAAAAUCGAUCACCACACGGACAAGGAUACGAAUACGUUUCUGAUUCUUCAUCAUACUCCAUAUCCUCGAUUUCUAUUUCAUCAUGAAAUACAGACAUCACUGAUCAAAUGUCCAUCAGUGAUUCUUGAGAGCGAUUGUUUUAUGAGAUUGCACAAUAUGU